GACUCCGCCCUCUCAUGUCCGCGGCUCGCCGAGGGUUACACUUCCUCGAGUGGAGCGAAACCGGAUUCGUACAUAUAUUUUUUAUGAAACUAAUUUUCAUGUCUAUAUUUUGUUAAAGUCUGCGUGUUCGCCAUGUUGACCUUUUCGGAAGUCGCGGUUGUCAUGGCAGCGCUGUGCGCUACCGCGUCCGGUUACUUCGUCAGCGUUGAUGCUCACGCAGAAGAGUGCUUCUACGAGCGAGUCAACUCGGGCACCAAGAUGGGCCUCAUGUUCGAGGUGGCCGAGGGCGGCUUCCUGGACAUCGACGUCGAGAUCACAGGUCCAGACGGAAAGCAGAUCUACAAAGGAGACCGGGAGUCCAGCGGGAAGUACUCGGUGGCCGCGCACAUGGAUGGCACUUACAAGUUUUGUUUCAGCAACAAGAUGUCCACCAUGACCCCCAAGAUCGUCAUGUUCACCAUCGAUAUCGGCGAGGCGCCAAAGGGUGAUGGAAUGGAGACCGAGGUUGGUGGUGGCACCUGGGAUGCGCACCAAAACAAACUGGAGGAGAUGAUUAAUGAGCUGGCCGUGGCCAUGACGGCUGUCAAACACGAGCAGGAGUACAUGGAGGUCCGUGAGAGGAUACACCGAGCAAUUAACGACAACACGAACAGCCGCGUGGUGCUCUGGUCGUUCUUUGAGGCGCUGGUGCUGGUGGCAAUGACCCUGGGACAGAUUUACUACCUGAAGAGGUUUUUCGAAGUGCGGCGAGUCGUUUAAAUCACUAUUUGUAACCGUUUUUGUAUCCCAAAGUGUCUCGCCGUUCUUUGGACUUGUGUGGAGAAUAAAGACAAACUAUUGAGGGGGAAAAAAAAUAAACAGGAAGAUGACCACGUCCUGGUCAACGACUAGUAACGGCUCGACCUGUGAAGGCUGAGAAUGCACUCCACUUCUUUUCCAUUCAUGGUUCUGGUUAGGAAUACAGAUCGCAUUCGUGUAAAAGGUGCAAUGGUUGAAAGAUUUCCUAGGAAUGCUGAAUUUGAUACGAGGGUGAACUUUCCCAUCAUGAUCGGCUUCCUGUACGAGGGCGAGUCAAAUUAAAUGCAUUAAAAGAGCGACUUCCUUAUUUUUCUUUUCCUGGUGCACUGGGGUCAAGCAAAAUGGAGUUAAUGUAGAAAAUAUACGUGCUUUUUACAGUACACAAUUUAAAAAAACAAGCUUUUCAUUUGAUUCAUUCUUGUAGUGUCUAGAAAUAAAGGCAUUCAUGGGAAAAAAUUCAAUUGGUGCACCUUUAAAAAAAACAAUUUUAAUGAUAUCAGAAGUGUCCCACAUGAUAACAAAUUUGACCUGUGUUUAAUUAUUAUUAUUAUUAUUAUUAUUAUUUUAUUAAUAUUAUUAUUUAGAAACCUAUCUGUGUGCUGGGUUUUUAGGGAAAUAGAUAAACGAGUUGUUACACCACAAAUGUUUUUUCCCUGUGACACGCUGCACAAACUUGGGAAUUUGAGACACAACAGGAGCACGUGUGGGUUUGUUUCAUGUGGUGGUAUCAGUGGUCAGGGUCGGCUUUUAUUAACGGCUUUUAUUAAGUUACUAUCUUUAUAAUGCCCUGUAGAGCAACUUGGGUACAAAUCAGGAGUUUCUGUGCCAUCUUGGGGUCAACAGAGUUCAUGAGAUACAAUGACUUUUUUUUUUUCCUUUUCUUUUAAGAAAAAUAAUUUCCAUGUUCGAUUUUUAGUUGAAACUCCAGAUUUGUCCUUUUUUUGACUAAAGUGCAUUUAGAGACGCCGUUGGUCUGUCAUUUGAAAUAAAAUUCAACUCCUGUGUACAAAAUAAAA